AUGUCUGCUCAAGGCUACUACAACAACGGCCCUGCGCCUCAGUACCCGCAGCAAGCCUAUCCUCCGCAAGGCCAAUACCAGCAGGGUCCUCCUACGGGCUAUCAACAAGGACCUCCGCCCAUGCAGUAUCAGCAACAACAGCCAAUGUACCAGCAGGGCCCCCCACCUAAGCAGAAGAAGGAGUGA